AUGGAGCCACCAAGAGGCAUUUUGCAUAAGACGACACUUGAGUCAACUACUUUGCAGCAGAAGACAUUUCAUACAACUACCCUUUCCGGCAACAAGAGAUUCCAUGCCGAUAUCGCUAGUCCUGAGCAGCAGCCCCUACCGAAAAGGGCAAUUCAGUUCCAGAGAGCAUCAACUGUUGACAAAGAGCUGCCUGAGUUAGCUGCUAGUAUCAUCACAGACGUUGACCCCGAUGCUACUACACACCCUUCCGAAUAUUCGCAGCGCCGGGCAGUACAGGCUACCCCUACGUCAGUAGUCGACCGCUCCCUUUUGCUAUCUUUUCCACGAUAUGGCUUGCCUAAUUCGUUGGUGAAUAACUUCAAAGCGCUUGGUAUCAAUGAGAUAUAUACCUGGCAAAAGCAAUGUCUUCUAGGCCCAGGUCUCCUAAAUGGGUCAAAGAAUCUUGUCUAUACGGCCCCGACGGGGGGUGGUAAGUCUCUAGUUGCUGACAUUUUAAUGCUAAAGAGGGUCCUCGAAGAUAGCGAUUCGAAAGCUUUGCUAGUACUUCCGUAUGUUGCAUUAGUCCAAGAGAAGGUCCGGUGGUUACGAAACGUUGUCCAAGGUAUCAAGCGCCAAACCUCUAAGGAAGAUUCAUCGGAAAAGAAGCAGAGUUCCCUUUGGCAAAGACGGUUUGAUGAAGGUACUAUCAGAGUUGUUGGCUUCUUCGGCGGCGGAAAAGUCAGAGCGACGUGGUCAGACUUUGAUAUUGGGGUCUGCACUUUCGAGAAGGCAAAUUCUCUUUUGAACACUGCUAUUGACGAUUGUUCUAUCACCAAGCUUCGAGCCGUAGUCCUGGAUGAGCUUCAUAUGAUAGACGAUGAUCACCGUGGCUAUCUUAUGGAACUCAUCGCUACGAAACUUUUAAGUCUCGAGCACGAGGUCCAAAUUAUUGGCAUGAGCGCAACAUUGCAAAAUAUUGACCUAUUAUCACGUUGGCUAGAUGCCCACAUAUAUAGCACAUUCUACCGGCCAGUGCCGAUCGAAGAGCAUCUCGUCUACGAAGGCAAAAUUUAUCCAGCUUCAUCAACCGGCGGUCUCCUUAAAGCUGCCAAAGCUGCUAGUCAACCAAACCCAACUUCAAACGCGAGCCAGCAUCAGACUCAUCCCGUGAGAAUUAUCCAGCCUAGCUCACACAAGGAAUUUAAGGAUACAGUAUUAAAUUCUGUAGUCGCGCUUGCAGUCGAAACAGCGAGGUCUGGCUAUGGCGCUCUCGUGUUUUAUGGCUGCGAAUCGGAUGCACGACUUAUUAGCCGUACUCUACGCGAUACUAGCUACCUAGAUCCAACUGUUAUCGAAGCGAGACUAGAUCUCUUAGCGGACCUACGCAGCCUUAGUACAGGGCUUGAUCCUUGCCUAGCAGAAACUGUCACCUCCGGAGUUGCUUUUCACCAUGCUGGCCUAACGACGGAAGAGCGGGAGUUAAUUGCUAGUGCUUACGAUAAAGGCGUACUGAAGGUUCUGGUAGCAACAUGUAGUCUUGCUGCUGGUAUCAACCUUCCAGCACGAAGAGUCAUACUCCAUAACGCACGGAUGGGCAGAGACUUGGUUGGUCCCUCGAUGCUCCGUCAGAUGCGCGGCCGCGCAGGAAGAAAGGGAAAAGAUGAAAUCGGAGAGACUUACCUGUGCUGUCGGAAGGACGACCUAGAAGAUGUCAUCGAGCUCAUGCGAGCCGAACUACCGAAUAUUUCCAGCGGCCUGACAACAGAUAGACAUCGUAUUCAACGAGCGCUGUUGGAAAUCAUCGCUAUUAGACUGGCCAAUUCGAGAGACACCGUUGAGGAUUAUAUCGGGAAAACUCUAUUAAACUUGUCUUCGACACCCGACGUUAUAAACACCCAUGUUGAGUCUAGUUUAAGAGAUUUAACCGAUAUGGGGUUCCUUCAUUGUGACGACUCCGAUUUAUAUACUGCAACACAGCUGGGCAAGGCGAUCGUCACCUCUUCACUAGAACCGGAUGAUGGGGUGUUUAUCCAUCGCGAGAUGCAGCGUGCACUGCGCGCCUUCGUGAUGGAUGGCGAAAUGCAUGUUCUGUAUAUGUUCACGCCGGUGCAUGAUAAUUCCAUUACCAUCGACUGGCGGGUCUUCAGAUCGGAAAUGGAAGGCCUCGAUGACAGCGGACUUCGUGUUAUGACAUUUCUCGGUCUAAAACCGACGCAAGUAAUCAAGAUGGCCCAAGGCGGGAACCUCAAGGAGACGACACCACAAGAGAAGGAAACUGCUCGUAUUUAUCGUAGAUUCUACCUAGCCCUCCAACUUAGGGACCUGUGCAACGAGAUGCCCAUUCAUGUGGUCUCACGCAAGUACGACACGCCACGAGGUGCGGUGCAGAACCUAGCGCAGACGUGCCAGGGUUUUGCUGCUGGAAUGAUCAAGUUCUGUGAGCAGAUGGGCUGGGGGGCGAUGGCGGCUGUUCUCGAUCACUUUUCAGAUAGGCUGAAUGCCGGAGCAAGGUCAGAUCUCCUAGCACUAGCUAAGAUCACGUUCGUCAAAAGCCGGACAGCGAGGGUAUUCUACGACAACGGGUUCAAAACCGUUGCAGCGAUCGCGAACGCCGAUCCCAAGGAGCUCGUGCCGAUUCUUAUACAGGCACAACCAAGCAAAGUGAGGCUCAAGUCGAAAGACGAGGAGAAAUACGAAGAGAAGCUCCUUGCCAAGGCCAAGGUAAUUGCAGAUUCGGCAAGCAGACUGUGGCGAAUCGAGAUGCAGCAGCAAGUUUAUGAAGAAGACUAA